AGGUCUUUGCUGGAGUGUCUGACGUUUUGUCGUGUCAAGUUAAAGCACCUACAGCAAGCGUUAUGGUCCUACUCUGCGCCAUUUGUCAGCGUCCCGGGCACGAAGAGUCGCAAUGCGAGGCGCUGAUUUGUCCCGGUUGCGAGCGAGUCAUACAGUCAUCGCAUAAUUCAUUAAGCGGAAACUUCAACAACCUCCGGGCGCACAAGCAAGCUUGCGUCGCGUGCAACUACAACUCUGACUUCGUGGUCACGUGCGGCAUUUGCGAUCACAAAGGUCAUGCCGAUUGGGAAUGCAAUGCUGUCUUCUGCACGGUCUGUCACACAAUCUUCCAGACGCGCGCAAACAAUUCGAGGAACAAUGAGGUACGCUACAUGACUGAAACAACCGUUUAUGGGAUAAGUACUGUAUUUGUACAUCCACCGUUGAAUCAAUGAUCUUCUCCUGGCACUCUUCCAAAAAAGAUCAUCACACCCACAGAACAUGCGUCAGCAGCACAUGCAGACGCAUCUGUCCCGGACCGUCACGUGCCCGUUGUGCCGGCAAUCUCGUUUCCGCUCUGCUGCGGGUGUAGCGAGUCAUGUCGAAGGAGGCUUUUGUAGCUGUGUCCCGGGACGUACAAACGGAGAGGCAGCGGUUUACCAAUUCGUGAAGCAGCGGAUGCCGAAUUACAUAAAUCGUGCAAUCUGUGACGCGAAUGAUGUGACCGAUUGGGUGAACCCGAACUACGUUCCCGCGAACGCGUUCCAGUGCAAGCACUGCUACAGGACCUUCAACAAAUUCACGAGCCUUACCCAGCAUAUCGAGGCAAAGCACCAGCGCAACGCCCCGCAGCUGCCACCUAUGCUGCUGAACGGGUAUUGAGCAAUCUCUCUUUGGCGCGAAAUUGAUUUCUAUUUUGUACUUUUGCGGAUUCCAAUCUUUGUUUGCUGCAUAUUCCUAUCACUGUGACGGCCCACUGGCCGAUGAAGUCAUAUGAUUUAGCCAUAUUCCGUUCCUUGCUGCAUACGAACGUAAACAGAGCAUAUUUGUCAUGUUUUUUUGGUUUUUAUUUUGGGAUAGCAUGAUGUUGCAGAUGCAGUUGCAGUUGCUCGAAAUUCUUUGUCAUAGAGUAGAAGUGAAAUAGACGUAGG